AUGGUAUCCCCGGACCGCAGUGUGGAUCUAUAUCGACAACAGCACUACAGGACGGCCGCCGCGGAUGACGCCUUCCCCUUCCCCGAGUUCCCCGAGUUAUGGUACCUGGGGCAGUUGGCCGUCGACCCGGCGCAUCAGCGCCGCGGCAUUGGCCAACAACUGGUCGAGUGGGGGCUGCAGCAGGCACGGCGGGAGCGUGUGUGUGUCGGGUUGGAGGCUGGUGUUAAGGGCGCCGGGUUGUAUCAGAAGCUCGGCUUUGAGAUUAUCAAUACGACCGAGUUGAUUCCGGGCGUAACUAUUCGGGCAAUGCUGUACACUACAUAG